AUGGCGACAAUGGCGCUCCAGCUUCUGGUAGCCUUCUCCGGCAUCGGCAUUGCGUCUGGAAGGUCUCUGUGGUCUUCAAAACCCGCAACACAUGCUUUCAGAGCCAGCCCCGAUUAUCUUCUGAAGACCGCCUAUCCAGUUGGAAACGGAAGACUAGGAGCUUUACCACACGGUCCUCCAGGGUCUGAGAAAGCAAUCCUCAGUCUGGACUCCCUUUGGACCGGCGGGCCCUUCCAGGUAUCCGACUACCGAGGCGGCAACCCAACCAGCGAGAAGUAUUCGGCCCUGCCAGAGAUCCGUGCCGAAAUAUUCCAGAACGGAACAGGAAAUGUGGACGCUCUUUUGGGUGGAGAUGCUGGCUAUGGCGCAUACCAGACCCUUGGAAACUUGACCGUUGCUAUUCAAGGCCUCGAUGCGGACUAUACUGACUACACCAGAUCCCUCGACUUGACUACGGGAAUUCACACAACCAAGUACACGGUGAAGGAUACCGAGUACACAACUUCGGUGUUUUGCUCGUUCCCUCAGCAAGUUUGCGUUUACCAUGUCGAGGCCACCGGAACACUACCUGAGCUGACCGUCGCAUUCGAGAACACAUUGAGAGAUAGCAGACUUAUCGAGCAGACCUGUGAUGCCGCAAAGCGCUCCGUUCGCGUGAGGGGACUUACCCAAGCGGGACCACCAGAGGGAUUGAGAUAUGAGGCAGUGGCAAAGAUCUCGAGCUGUUCUGGAGUUGCUACUGAAUGUUCCAGCGAUGGAGGAGCCCUGAAAGUCACAGCUCCUCAAGGACAGAAAUCCGUCACUAUCGUGAUAGCGGCAGGCACCAACUUUGAUCAGUCAAAGGGCAACGCGGAAAACAACUACUCGUUUAAAGGCGAGGACCCCGAAGAAACUGUGUCUCAAACCAUCUCGGCCGCUUCAUCCAAGAGUUUCAAGCAACUAUCCAAUGAUCAUAUUGCCGACUAUCAGUCGCUGCAAUCGGCUUUUUCGUUGGAUCUUCCGGAUGUCCACGACUCAGCGAAGAAGGAAACUGCAGACGUCAUUGCUGAAUAUUCAGUGGAUGGGCCUGGAGAUCCCUUCCUAGAGGCCCUGUUGUUUGAUUUCUCUCGCCACCUGUUGAUCACAGCCUCCCGGCCGGGUUCGUUGCCUGCUAACCUCCAAGGAAGAUGGACAGAGGAGCUCUGGCCAGCAUGGAACGCAGACUACCACGCCAAUAUCAAUAUACAGAUGAACUACUGGGUGGCAGAUCAAACCGGUCUCAAGGAAACACAGGAUGGUCUUUGGGAUUAUAUGGAACAGAAUUGGGUUCCGCGUGGAACUGAGACUGCUCAGCUAUUGUAUGGUGCCAAAGGCUGGGUUGUCCACAAUGAGAUGAAUGUGUUUGGUUUCACGGCGAUGAAGAUGGAUGCAGUCUGGGCAUUCUAUCCUGCGGCCCCGGCCUGGAUGAUGCAGCAUGUGUGGGAUAAUUUCGAGUAUACUCAGGAUGUUGAGUGGUUUAAGAGACAAGGAUAUCCUCUAAUCAAAGGUGUGGCCGAAUUCUGGCUCUCGCAACUGCAAGACGACGCCUUCUUCGAGGAUGGAACACUCGUUGUCAAUCCAUGCAAUAGCCCCGAGCAUGGACCUACAACUUUCGGCUGUGCGCAUUACCAGCAGGAGAUUCAUAGGACAUUUGACACAAUUCUUGCCGGCGCCACAUAUGCAGACGAGCAGGACCAAGAGUUCCUUGACCAGAUCAGCCAGGCACUAGCCAAGCUGGACAAAGGCUUCCACGUUAGCGAAUGGGGCGGCGUCAAGGAGUGGAAGCUCCCCGAUUCCUACGGAUACGACGUCCAGAGCGACCAUCGCCACCUGAGCCAUCUCACUGGCUGGCAUCCCGGGUACUCCAUGUCGUCCUACCUUGGGGGUUACACCAACGAGACGAUCCAGUCUGCCGUCGAGAAGACGCUCAUAGCGCGGGGAGACGGGAAUGCCGGUGAUGCAAACGCGGGAUGGGGCAAGAUCUGGCGAUCAGCGGCAUGGGCACGUCUGAACAAUACCGAGCAGGCAUACUGGCAUAUGCGCUAUGCCAUUGACGAGAAUUUUGUCGGCAAUGGUUUCAGCAUGUAUAGCGGGCUCAACGAACCUUUCCAAAUUGACGCCAACUAUGGGUUUGGAGGUGCUGUCCUGAGCAUGUUGACCGUGGAUCUUCCACUGCCACAUGACGCCCCCAAAGACCAAGUGCGAACGGUGAUCCUGGGGCCGGCCAUCCCAAAGGCGUGGGCCGGAGGCAGCGUCAAAGGUCUUCGCAUCCGCGGUGGAGGAUCUGUGGACUUUACUUGGGACGAUGAUGGAGUAGUCACUAAAGCCACCCUCAAGGAUUCGAAGACAAGCGUGAAACUGGUGAAUGUAAAGGGUGAAUCUCUGACCUAG